AAAAUACAGAUUAAAAUGCUGUUGACAUUGAAAAUGGAGGUUGAUGAGAACAAUCAUCAAGGCAUCAAACAGUACUAUGUCAGUAAGAUAGAAGAGUUGCAGCUUGUUGUCACAGAGGGAACGCAGAACUUGAGGCGUUUAGAAGCUCAGCGAAAUGAGCUGAAUGCUAAAGUUCGGAUGCUAAGAGAGGAACUGCAGCUGUUGCAGGAGCAAGGCUCUUAUGUUGGAGAGGUUGUGAAACCGAUGGACAAGAAAAAAGUGUUAGUCAAGGUUCACCCAGAAGGAAAGUUUGUGGUUGACAUUGAUAAAAACAUUGAUAUGAAUCAAGUGACCCCGAACUGCCGAGUCGCCCUGAGAAAUGAUAGCUAUGUAUUACACAAGAUUUUGCCUAACAAGGUUGAUCCAUUAGUCAGUUUGAUGAUGGUAGAAAAAGUGCCUGACUCCACAUACGAAAUGGUUGGAGGUCUGGAUAAGCAGAUCAAGGAAAUCAAAGAAGUUAUUGAACUGCCUGUGAAACAUCCUGAACUUUUUGAGGCCCUGGGAAUUGCUCAGCCAAAGGGUGUGCUCCUGUACGGACCGCCAGGCACAGGAAAGACUUUGCUUGCAAGAGCUGUAGCUCAUCACACAGAGUGUACUUUCAUCCGAGUCUCUGGCUCAGAGCUGGUUCAGAAGUUCAUUGGAGAAGGCUCUCGUAUGGUUCGAGAACUCUUUGUCAUGGCAAGGGAACAUGCUCCAUCCAUCAUUUUCAUGGACGAAAUUGAUUCUAUUGGAUCUUCUCGUUUAGAGAGUGGGUCAGGAGGUGACAGUGAAGUACAGAGAACUAUGCUUGAGUUGCUGAAUCAACUGGAUGGAUUUGAACCAAAGCAGAACAUCAAGGUUAUCAUGGCUACUAACAGAAUUGAUAUCCUUGAUUCCGCACUUUUACGUCCAGGCAGAAUUGACAGAAAGAUUGAGUUUCCCCCUCCGAAUGAAGAGGCCCGCUUGGAUAUUUUGAAAAUUCAUUCCCGUAAGAUGAACCUCACAAGAGGAAUCAACCUCCGCAAAAUUGCUGAAAUGAUGCCAGGGGCAUCUGGUGCUGAAGUCAAGGGUGUUUGUACAGAGGCUGGCAUGUAUGCAUUGCGAGAGCGUCGCGUGCAUGUGACUCAAGAGGACUUUGAGCUUGCUGUGGCUAAGAUCAUGCUGAAGGAUUCUGAGAAGAAUAUAUCCAUCAAGAAACAGUGGAAGUAGAGUCUGUUGUUUCCUGUUUUGUAGGCAGUUUUGUGCUUGUGACAACUGUUUUUCAAAUGAGACUGACAUGGGAGGAAAAAUCUUGCGUAAAAGCAUUCUCAAUGUAUUUUAUUUACAGUUUGAGUUUUAGAGAAACUUAUGAAAAUAUUACAUCAGCAUAUAUAAAUGACCACUGAUGCUUUAGGGGGGUUUUAUGAAUCAUAUUUUGAAUCAGUUUCACUAAAUGUCAGUAAAUGUCAUCAAGCAUGAAGUACCUGUGUGCAGAUCCACAAGUAAAUAUAUUGCAACGAGAGAGUGAUAGUGUGCAUGUGGGAACGUGUGUGGAACUGACUGUGAUGUUGAAAGUGUGAAUAAUCAUUUUUUUGAACAAUUUGUUAUUUUUCUGAAAGAGUUCAAAGGUUGGCAGACUCACAUUCAUGCAUGUAAUUCUUGUGUGUCUUGUUGGCUACAACAUAAGGAAACAUCAGUCAUCCUGUCAGUGAAGACAGGAUAGGAUUUGUGUUGUAGCUGUUGUAUUUAUGUUCUUCUUUCUUUAAGGACACCAUUGUGUAUGCUUGUGUUGUCAUCAUGUAUUUGUCUCACGUAUGACUCUUUUGGAAAUAAAAGUAAAAGAAAGAAACAGU